CCAGCAGGAGUCUCCCGUUCCCAUAGUAACAGACUUUCGGCAGAGCCGUAGGAAGACGGGGUUAUCACCACCGCAGUUCUUCGUCUGUUUUCGCGAGUCUAAAACUACAGUAAAUCCCUUUUGAUUACUUUUUUGUAUUUUUCUCGAAACGGAGGUCCUUUUCCCAGACAUUUAAUUCUGGCAAAGUUCGGAGCUAGUGCCGUAAAGUUCGUCAUCAGAAUGUCGUAGAGAGGAUUGGCUCAACCCAGUCUCUCAAGGCCUCUGGCUGCUCCGGGUCCGGAAGCUUUGUGAGGAAAAGAGGCAUGAAAACAGGAGCCCGAGGAAACUUCCCAGCGACUUUCUCCGAGUUUGCCGACUCUCCGUCGUCUGCGGCGGGCACCGAAUCGCACGUCCGGCUGCAGCUGGAUCACUAUUAGUUCCGAUGGGUCUGCCGACGCUGGAGUUCAGUGAUUCUUUCCUGGACAGUCCCGAGUUCAGAGAUCGGCUGCAGUGCCAUGAAGUGGAGCUGGAGCGCACCAACAGAUUCAUCAAAGAGCUCAUCAAAGACGGGAACUCGCUCAUUUCUGCGCUUAGAGGCCUCUCUCUGGCAGUGCAGCGCUUCUCUCAGUCUCUGCAGGACUUCCAGUUUGAGUGCAUUGGAGAUGCUGAGACGGAUGACGAGAUCAACAUAGCUCAGUCCCUGAAGGAGUUCUCGCAGCUCCUAAACACCAUGGAGGAGGAGCGAAAGCGGCUGAUCCAGAACGCUGACAAUCUUUUGAUCUCACCGCUGGAGAGGUUUCGAAAAGAACAAAUCGGAGCUGUCAAGGAUGGAAAGAAGCAGUUUGACAAGGAAACAGAAAGAUACUACUCUGUGCUGGAGAAACACCUCAACUUGUCCUCCAGAAAGAAGGAGUCCCAGCUGCAGGAGGCCGAUGCUCAGAUCAAGAAGGACAGACAGGUGUUUUAUGAUGCAUCCCUGCAGUACGUGUUCAAGAUCCAAGAGGUUCAGGAGAGAAAGAAGUUUGAGUUUGUGGAGCCGUUAUUAGCCUUCCUUCAAGGCCUGUUCACCUUCUACCACGAGGGCUACGAGCUGGCUCACGAGUUUGAACCCUACAAGCAACACCUUCAGUUUAACCUGCAAAAUGCUCGGAACAACUUUGAGAGUACCCGAGCUGAGGUUGAGAGGCUGAUGAAGAGGAUCCGGUCUGCGGAGGAGGACUUCAAACCCCCCAGCUCCUACACCAUGGAGGGACAUCUGUACAUCCAGGAGAAACGUGCUCUGGGCAGCGUGUGGACCAGGUACUACUGCACCUAUGAGAGGAGCUCCAAGAUGUUCACUAUGAGCAGCACCGAGGCCAGAGCAGCCAGCAGACAGAACGGCGUGGUGGGCGGAGCCGCAGAGAUGUUCCGGCUACGCUCGUGUGUCAGAAGAAAGACAGAUUCCAUCGACAAACGCUUCUGCUUUGACAUCGAGGUGGUGGAGAGACACGGCGUUAUAACCCUCCAGGCGCACUCAGAGGCCAACCGACGGCUUUGGAUGGAGGCGAUGGAUGGUAAAGAACCUAUUUACACACUUCCCUCACUACUCAGUAAAAAAGAGGAAACAUUUCUCAAUGAGGCAGGCUUCACCUUUGCAAAGAAGUGCAUUGAGCUGAUAGAAGCACGAGGCAUUACCACCCUGGGCCUGUACAGGACUGGAGGAGUGAACUCCAAAGUCCAGCGGCUGAUGACCAGCGUGUUUGCGUCCACAGCUCCCUCUGAGAUCCAGCUGGACUCAGACGCCUGGGACAACAAGACCAUCACCAGCGCCCUUAAGGAUUAUUUUAGGUGUUUGGCAGAACCUCUACUGACCUACAGGCUGCAUAAAGACUUCAUCAGGGCUGCAAAGUUUGAAGACCAGAGUUACAGAGUCAGAGCCAUUCACGCUCUUGUGCACAAACUCCCAGAAAAAAACAAAGCCAUGUUGGACCUGUUGACCAACCACCUCCUCAGAGUGUCCUCUCAUAGUGACCAGAACCAGAUGACCGUGUCCAACCUGGGGAUGAUAUUUGGGCCCACGCUGAUGAGGUCACAGGAGGAGACGGUGGCCGCCAUGAUGAACAUCAAGUUUCAGAACAUUGUGGUGGAGAUAAUCAUUGAGAACCACAAGAAGAUCUUCGGCGAGGCUCCAGACCUGUCGGUACCGGUACCUUCGGCUCCUUCAUCCCGCUCAACUCCUCGUAGGAGUAAGGCGAUCUGCCUGUCUUCUGGAAGAAGAAAGGCCCGUCUGUAUUCUCCUGCUCUGUGCCUGGCAGACAACGACAGCGACACUUUCAGCAGCAGUCCUGGUGCGACCCCCAUGGGGAGCCUGGAGUCGCUGUCCUCACACUCCUCUGAAAAGAACGGAUUGUCUCAGACCUCUUCCCCGUCUUCCCCCGCGGCUGAGCCUGACCCGCCCGACCCAGCGUCUCCACCUGUAGCACCGUCCGAUCAGUCGGACGCCGCCCCCUCUCCCCAUCUCCAGCCCUCCUCAGGAGCUCCACUGGCUCCCGCGGAGCAAACGUCUUCUGUCUCCUCGUCCACAUCCUCGUUACUCUCAGCAGUGGAAAAGUCUUUCAACAGAAACUCGACCGCCUCCUUGUAUUCCCUAAAGGAGUCAAAGUCUCUCUCCAGAGGACUUGGGUCCAGCCCCUCGGUCCAGCGCUCAUCCUCUGAAGGACCUGUAAAGAGAACCAUCUCUGUCUCCUCCAUGAGCAAUCAUUCCACUGAUAAAGGAGACACUGCCAAAGAAACCAUCUCUCCUCAGCUACACACCUCUGAGUACAGGACUGCCUCCUCCUCUUCAUCUUCAUCCUCGUCAUUGUUUCCCUACCAGCUGUCUGAGUCUUCCUCACUCACAUCCUUGCACAUCUCUGAGGAUUAUAAAAGCUGUCACGGGUCAGUUCAGAGUCUGGCAUCCCUGGAUUCAGCCCACAAACCUUCACGCAUGCGCUGCGGCUCUGAUCUGAAGCGCUCCGCGGCCACCGCCGGCAGCAUGUUCCAGAAGCCCCGGUCUCUACUGUCGGUCACCCAGCCGCAGCGUGACAGCUCCGUGUUCCUGUCAGCUUUGGAUAUUUGUCCCUCUGGCAGGGAUGCAAAGGCUCUUUAUUCCUGCGAGGCAGAGCACAGUCAUGAGCUGAGUUUUCCACAGGGGGCGCUGUUCUCAAAUGUGUGUCCGUCUGUGGAACCAGGUUGGCUUCAGGCCACCUACAAGGGCAGAACGGGCCUCGUACCCGAAAACUACAUCAUCUACAUCUGACAGGACAGGCGCUGUCAUCAGCACUAUAAUCCAGAUCAGACAUCAACAACCUUUUUACCUGAACUUUAGACUACUGUGAGGAAACGAUAAUAGUCUGUGUACUGUGUGUAGCUGUGUCAGGUGUUCUUAUGCAGUAGAGGUUUAUACUGGAGCUCCUCCUCCUCUUUUAUGUUAAACCCUAACCCCUUCUCCAGCCUUUGAAAUGAGUUGCAUGCAGUAAAUGUGUCUCAAAGGUACAACCUUUUACUUUUAUUAAUUUAUAUGAAUUCUGUUAGUGCUCACUCAUCUGCACUGGGACUGAAUGAACUGGAGUCUUCUGCUGUCCAAUAAAAACUAAUUUAGACAAA